AAAACCGUUGAACAGAGAUGGCGCCAGGCCCAUCACGUGAUAUAUCUCAAGAUCAGCUGAUAUUAUUUUCCUUUGACAGUUUAAAAUUUGUUUUGACGUGUUUUACUCCCAAUACACAAAAACAUAGAGUUUUUAUACAAUAUUCCAGGCUAAAAACUGUUAUUAAAGAACAGAUGAUGUCCCACUCCCAAACUGUCCCUCUAAUUCUCUCAGAAGAUGUGGAACAAGGAGGUAAAGAAUAUGAUGGUAUCGAAAAUGAUUUUGCUUACAGGAAUAAUGUGGCACAGGGGAGCAAAACCAUCCGUCUGGCCUUCCUUAGGAAGGUUUACGGUUUGCUUAGCAUGCAAAUCUUUUUAACAAUGGUUAUCGCUGCCGUAUUUAUGUUCACACCGCCAAUUAAAGGGUUCGUUCAGACCAACGAUUGGAUGAUGAUGCUCAGUUUCCUGGCCAGUAUUUUUAUUUUGAUUCCCCUUCAUAUUAAAAGGCGAGAAUACCCCACCAAUUUUAUCUUGUUGGCGGCAUUUACUGUAGUACAAGGUUACACAAUUGGAGUCAUAGUAACAUUUUACUCAAAAACAAUCGUUUUGGAAGCCUUGCUGCUCACAUUUUUAGUGUUGGGAUGUCUGACAGUCUACACUUUCCAAUCCAAACAUGAUUUUUCUGCAAUGCAUUCAGGUUUGUUUGCUGGCCUAAUUAUUUUAAUAGUGGGAGGAAUCUUACAACUUUUCAUCCAAUCCGCUAUAUUUGAGCUUUUUAUUGGAUUUGGUGGUGCAUUUUUGUUCUGCUUAUUUAUUAUUUUUGACACUAAAAUGAUAAUGGAAAACUUGUCUCCAGAAGAAUACAUUUUGGCCACCAUCAACUUAUAUAUGGACAUUAUCAAUUUGUUUUUGUACAUUUUGAGAAUAUUGCAAGCACUGAAUAGACAGUAAAUAUUUUUAUACUUUUUAUUUUUUAAUAGUGACAAAGAUGUUUUAAUAAAUGUCUAUUGUAUAAUUGGCUUGAUUUUAUAAUUUUGUGAUUUUAGGUGGUAUUAUAUUGUUUAUAUUUUAGUUCAAAUGAAUAAAUAAUACAAAAGAAUAUAAAAAUUA